AUUAUAAAUAAUUAUAUUUGAUAAUUGUGUCUUUUAAUUUUUUUAUAAUUCACUUAUUUAAUUUUUCCAUGUUAAGAAUAUAGAUAAUUCUUUAUCUUUUAUCAUUAUUUUUUAACUGUCAUCUUAGUUUCAGAACCCGACCCAUUCCGAUGUGCAGCCCUAGCAGCUACCGAAAAAUGAACUCUCUGUUUAAACCCACUCGUCGAUGAACGAUUCAAGAAAUAGCAGCCAGGAAAUUAAGUAAGAACUUCAAAAAGCAUUACCAAUUAACAAUUCGAAGAUUUUUGUUUCAUUUCAUGAUGUACGGGGUUAGAGAAACGCGACUGCUGUGUCGCAGGGGGUUCCAUACGCUGUCUCGUGAUGGUCCCACGGAAACAUUGAAGAGAAGGGUUGCUGAGUUGCAGAAGACGAGGAAAAAGAAGAAUCCUAAGAAGCAUGAGGUGUUUGUGGAGGUUCCUGAAUCAAAAUCGUUUCUUGAUACAGCAACUAUGCCAAUGAUUCUUACUGUUGUUGGUACUGCACUCGUUGCAAAGCUCCUUAUGAUGCAUGACGAUUCAAAAUCCCAAGAAAUGAUUGAGCGCAAAAUAAAGAAUGCUCCUCCUGGUCAAGGCACAGUACGGAUGCUUACUCGUGAAGAGUGGGAGGAAAUUCGAGAGGUUAGGCCGAGGACUCCUUUUGAAUCCAAACUUGCUCGUCCAAAUGCAAGAAUAAGAACUGGAGAGUCAUUGCACUUGCAAGAUUUGAAGGAUUGGACGAUUGAUGUGCUCACAGAUGCAGUUACACGUGUUGAAGAAAGUGUCAAAAGCAAUUCAUGACCGCAAGCAAUUGAGAAAAAAAGAAGUCUGGGCAUCAUUCACUAGUUAAGAGCCUUGGCUAUUUUGGUAUCUAAUGUACAUGAUAGUAAUGGUUUGUGCUCCAGGGUGAAAGAAUAAAAAUGAUAUCUGAUUAAAUGCCAUCAAAAUGUAUUUCUGGGUAAUUUAUCUAAUCUCCAGUUGUAUAUGUGCGUGAUCACAUUCAAUAACCGCCAGGUUCAAUUUUAAAAGCGCUGAUUUUGGCUAUAGAAAGGAUGGAUUUACUUCAUGCAAA